GCGUGCGCGGGAACUGUGCAGUUUUGCAGAACAACGUAAGAUAUGCGGAAAUGGGCCUCAAGUGUGGGUGGGUGAGACCUAUAUAAUAAGUAAGAUGUCCUGUUAAGUUGCUCCUCGCGCAAGAAACGUGUUACAUAAGUCAUGUUGGCCAGUAACGGCGCGUCCAGACUGGGGAUGCGAGUCGCCGGUUAUGGCCUUCAGUUGUCAUCUACUCGGAUAGUGACAUCAAGAGCAAAGCCAUCGAUACUCAGGCACUGGACACAGAGAAAUGAAGUUGGAAUGCAUACGACACAGGUGGAAUCAGUUCCACACAAAGCAGCAGUUGCACAGAUGUUCACGCCCGAGGACGAGUUCAGGAAGAGACGCAGUGCAGGAACUCGUGAGAGUCGGAGGGGACUUGCUUUCGUCCACGAUGCGAGUUACGCCCACGUUGCCCGCGACCAGGAAACGGCUCACAAUCCUUCCAGCACCGAAGACGUCCUCUUCGACAUGUUCAGAAAUGAGGAAACAGACAUACUGCCAAUUGGCAUGUUCCUGUCAGCACUACGUAGUACGGGACUGAGGAAAACGGACCCUCGUUUGGCCGAGUUGAUGGAAAAACUUCGGGAGGUGCACAAGAAAAGCGGCCAUGAAGGUGGAUCACCCGAGACGCAGAAACUCAACAGAGAAACUUUUAGAAGUGUGGUCUCUUCUAACGUGGUUCUCAUAUCGCGAGCUUUUCGGCACCAGUUCAUCAUCCCGGAUUUCCAGGGCUUCACGAAACACAUCGAGGACUUCUACUGGAAGUGCAAAUCCAACACAGAGGGCAAGGUAGCCGCCUACAUCCCCCAACUCGCCCGCAUGAAUCCUGACUACUGGGGCAUCAGCGUCUGCACCAUCGACGGGCAGAGAUUCUCAAUCGGUGACGUCAACAUCCCCUUCACACUCCAGUCCUGCAGCAAGCCUCUGAUGUACGGCAUCGCGUUGGAUCAUCUGGGCAGUGACGUAGUGCAUCAGUACGUGGGGCAGGAACCCAGCGGUCGCAAUUUCAACGAGCUAGUUCUGGACUAUAACAAGAAGCCUCACAAUCCAAUGAUCAACGCUGGGGCCAUCUUGGUGUGCGCGCUGCUCAAGACACUGGUCACCCCUGAAAUGAAUCUUGCAGAGAAGUUCGAUUUCACCAUGAACUACUUCAAGAGGCUGGCCGGGGGGGAACAUCUAGGGUUCAACAACUCCGUGUUCCUCUCCGAACGAGAGUCAGCAGACCGAAACUACGCUCUGGGUUUCUUCAUGAGGGAACACAAGUGCUACCCUGAGAAGACCAACUUGAGGGAAUGUAUGGAUUUCUACUUCCAGUGCUGCAGUAUGGAGGCCACUUGCGACACUAUGGCAGUGAUAUCGGCCACUCUGGCCAACGGCGGGAUCUGCCCCAUCACGGAGGAGAAGGUGCUGAAACCGGAGGCAAUCCGAGACGUGUUGUCCCUGAUGCACAGCUGUGGCAUGUAUGAUUACUCGGGCCAGUUUGCCUUCAAGGUGGGGCUGCCUGCCAAGUCCGGAGUGUGUGGGGGGAUCCUGCUUGUCAUCCCCAACGUGAUGGGCAUCUUCGCGUGGUCUCCGCCCCUGGAUCCACUGGGCAACAGCUGCAGAGGCCUCCAGUUCUGUGAGGAACUGGUUAAUGUGUUCAACUUCCACCGUUACGAUAACCUGAAGCACGCUUCGAACAAGAAGGACCCAAGGCGCCAAAAGUACGAGACUAAAGGUCUCAGCAUCGUGAACCUACUCUUCUCUGCUGCCAGUGGUGACGUCACGGCCAUGAGGAGGCACAAACUGUCGGGCAUGGACAUGACGCUCUGUGAUUACGACGGUCGCACUGCGCUCCACCUCGCGGCUGCCGAGGGACAUCUCGAGUGCGUGACCUUCCUCCUGGAGCACUGCAACGUGCCAUACAACACCAAGGACAGAUGGGGAAACUUGCCCAUAACAGAGGCAAGAACGUUCGGGCACAAGAAAGUUGUCGACUACCUGACUCUGUGGGAGGCAACUCAUAAAGAGCAGCCGGAAGAGGCGGUAAUCGCGUCACAGGAAAGCGUCCCUCUUCCACAGUGAGAGAUCUCAAGACUGACAGGGGGGCAUGACCCCCAGAAAUCGCCAGGUCUUCUGCAAUGCGGCACCGUGUACCCUGCUAGAAGUUCACCGACAGUUCACAGCUCCGCUCGCUUAUUGCUUGUCACUUGGUUAAUCUACUCAUCAGUCCUGAAGAUGGAGGCAGUGGGCUUUUUGUGUCGGUGAACUUAUACCAGAUUACACGGCGUCACAUCCCAGAAGAGGGCCUCAAACACAUCAUCGGCUUUUAAUCAAAAGGUUUCAGACAUUUGUUGACAUCUCGAACGCUAGUGUGAAAAUGUCCAAUUUCUCAUGAAGAUUACUCUCUUCUGAAACAUGACGCCGUGUGGUCUGGUGAACUUCAAGCAGCGUUUCAGAGUGUACCAUUUCAAGCGGAACCCUAAUUACAACAGUAUACACAAAAUUACAGGUGACAUGUAUCAAAGUACAAGUUACUGAAUGUUUCACGAAUAGCAGCAAACAAUUCCAAUGCGAAGUGAUGUUCGAGAACAGACACACGUUUUUCUCGUGAAUACGCCCUGAUCCCACCUGCACCGUUUCUGCGCAAGUGGCGACAACAGCAGCCUAGCAACCAAGGUGACAUCGACUCAAAUGUAACGACCAAAGUUUUGACAUCCCAAUACAUGGGAUCCAUGAACUGUGCGUGAUUGUUAGGUUUGCGUUUCAAAUGGCACACCCUGUAUAGUAUAUUAAGAAAUGUAUAGAAAAAAUAAAAAAGAGGCCCAUAUUGGAUAUUUUCAAUAUACUGCAUUGUACAUAAAUUUAUGUAUAUACUCGGAACCCUUUAUUUAUCUGUUAUUCAAAAUGUAGAAGCUGUAUUAUCAGAUUAUCUCGCAUUUAUGAUUCCUAUUAAGGCCUGUACACCGCGCAAGCAAUAACUCUGUCAAUUAGAAGAACCCUUUCGUAAUUGUACUAUAUGUAUAAAGUAUGUGACAGAUAUGUACAUGUGUAUGUAACGGAACGUUUUACAUAGGUUGAUACGGAGUGGGAAACACGGUGCAACAAUACUCCACACUGCCACAGGGACAAAAAUGUUCUUGUGGGCCCAUCUGUAAUACUCAUAAUAAAGAAAAUGGAGCCGUAAUCCGUCUCAAAGGGAGGACUUUUAGUGUGUUGACCGGGUCCUCUGCUCUGCGUUUCACGGCGGCCGGUGCGCCGCUUGCCGCGAGGUGCAUGCGAAAUUUGCCGAUACGUAAGUAAGCUUGAUGAUCGAAAACAUUUGGAAUAAAAAGAGAAGUAAUUAACUUAUGGACCGCUUGACGGUAUUAUGUUACACGGCGAGCAGUAUGGGAGUUUGUUUAAGGUUUAUCAGCAGUAGGCAGUAGUUACCAGCGCUAUGAGCCAUUUGUUCCCAGUUAAGAGUGAGUCAGCAGUAUGGCACGACGUGGUUCUCUUAUUUCAGAGCAACUUGUGUUUUUGUAUUACGCCUACGUGAAACACGGAUCUGCUGGAAUGUGUCUGCGAAAAUUUCGACGUAAAUUUCGUGACGAAAGAGUUCCCAACAGACAACAAUUCACAAUUUGCUGAAUAAACUUAGAACAACGGGGCUCUAAAUAGACAAGAAACAAGAACAUACAUAAGCGUUGAGUUCUUACUGAGGAGAGGUUACAUGACUUCAAUAUUCACCUAGAAAAUCACUGAAACGUCUAGCUCAAGAAAUUGGAAUGUCAAAAUCUAGUGCAAGAAUGACAACACAAUUGCUUAAGCCGUCCAUUUAAAGUCUGUGUCAGGUGUGUUCUUAGUGCAGGACGGAUUGUUGCGCCUGUGUUUUUUUAACGAAACAGUUAAUUGCGAAAAAUACCUACGUGUAGAGAGGAGAGUAUUUUCAACACCUCCUGUGAUCUGUGAAUUGUAACUACUUCCGUACGUUAUCAACGAUCAGGCAUGCUGAUUCUUCGGCAAAAUUCAUAUGCGCUUCGCGGCCAACGGUGCACCGGCCGCCGUGGAACUAGGCCACCUUGUAUUUCCUUAGUACCGUAUGAUAUUUAGGUUAUAAUUAUUAUUUGAACGUCGAGGAUUUGUACUUGUAUUUGUCUUGUAUGUAACACUCUCGGACCCAAAUAAUUUUCUUAUCUUCUUCCCUUACUUCAGAGUCUCUCCCUUACACCUCUCAACCUCCUUUUUCUUCCUCGUCUUUAAUUAUUUUAUUAAUCUCUUUCUCCGAUCUCCUAAUUAUUCUUCACGUAUUAUUCUCUUUUCAUUAUUUCCUUUCCCCACCUGCUUCCUUCUUCCUUUUCAAUUUCUCUCUCCUAUAUUAACCGAUUUUUAAUAUAGACCAUAUUAUUAAUUCUUCCUCUUCCUUCUCAGUUCUCUCUCCACUUCCCUAUUCCUAUUCUUUUUGAUGUUCUCUUCUUCGUCUUUUGUCUUUCCCUGUCCCAUCGUUUUAUUUUUUGUAAACUCUCUUCCAUCACUGUCUUUAUCUCUCUGUUCUCUUGUCCUAUUCUUCUUAACUCUCUCUUCCUCACUCAUCUUCUCAGAUUCCUUCUCUCCUUUUUCAGUGACGUGUGUAUUCUGGAUAUGAAAGUGUUUUAGUGUAUGUGUGUAUGCGUAAACAUUUCGAGUAAUUAUGUACUGAAAUAUUUGAUGUUUCAUUUCUUAAAUUUACUCAUAAAUUAUUAAUAUUUUACUCAUAAUCCAGUUGCAUUUCUUAUCAAUAUAAUUUAUUGUUUAUGCAUUGUCUCACUCCUCCAUUUCAUUCAGUGUUAAUAACAAAAUGGCCUCCUUCACAACUUGCAAACAAUUGAAUGUUGUCAUUAAAAUGACGAUAGCCAGUUCCUUGUAACUUUCGUACGUAACAAAACGACAUUUGCCGCUCAAGGCCAGUGUAUAGCGGCAAAUAGACAUUUUACUGUAUUAUAUUAAUUAAAUAAGAUAGAAUUUAAGAAAAUACGUUCUAUUAUGAGCCGGAAUAGCGUAGUCUGGGUAGC